ACGUUCUCGUCUGCGGCGGUGCAACCGGGGGCCUUUCAGUGCGCGAGAGACAUCAAUCAGAUAUCGACGAUAAGGCCGCCUAGGGUACUGAGCCCGAGCUUGAGGCCACGCACACCCCCCUGGUCCGCGUUAUCUUGGUUGGAUACGAGGCACGCCGUCGUUUGUGUUUAGGACGGGCCGGAAUCGAACAUCAGCACAACCUCACCUUAUCUGCGGUUCCCCGAGCCGUCCUUAUCGGGACCAACAGGACUUAUCCGCCGAUCCGCCCGCCCACGUUGCCGGUGCGAUAUCUAUCUCCAUCAAGCUGACCAACCUGAGGUCGAGAUUGUGCCUUGCCGCGUGGCAUCCGCGGAUCUGGACCUGUCUGAACGUCUACGGAUUACACUUGGCGGCUGCUGCGUCUGGCUCGGCCAGGGGCCACCAAGACUCGCACCACGACCGCGGAGCCGUGGUUGAGGGGCACGAAGCACACUUCCGAUCUCAGCAACUGCCCGCCGCUUGAUUCGGCAGCUGAAUCUCCGUACCUACCGGCAGUGGCACUCCCGCAGGCAUCUGGUUCGCUCGAACUGAGGCAGAGCCUCCCGUCGGGUUGCCUCCCCGGACUUCUUGCCGCACUGCAACCACAUCAAACGAACGGUGAACUUAGGGGUACCCGGCUACGAGCCUCCCUUCACCUCCGCAAUGUCUACUACCCCCUGCGCCGUCCCCAGGACGGCCCCCAUAGCCAUCGCACCAAAACCACCCCGCCUUCCGCCAAGCCGCCAGAGCAGCAUACAUCUCGAGUCGUACCCCGGGGUCCGGAGCGGUUUCGACUCCCCGGACUCGGACUCGGUAGUCAGCGGACAUUCAGGCCCUUGUGAGGCUUGUCUCAACCGCAGGAGUGAGUGCGUCAUGGGCGAGGACGAGGACAGCUGUGUCGCUUGCCUGGUGGCCGGAACAGAAUGCUCGCUGGUCGAUAGCCCGCCGCAAAGGAAGCGCAAGUUGAAUGGCGGCGACCUGGAGGGCAGCAGUAGCAAGAGAAGUUCUCCUGGGCGGUCUGAUAUCAGGCGGAGGCGCCAUCAGCAACCAAGUCUCUCGUGCACCACCGCCAGCAGUUCUCUCGCCGAGGACAUGGCCAACUUCGGGGGUCCAACGUUGCUGAAACGUACCCUCGGCCUCCAGGAGGACAGGUACAGUCAGUACAUCGGACCGACCACCGACUUCGAGCCUUCCCUGAUCAACCUCUCCCCUUUUGACCCGCACGACGAGAGCCUCCUGGCGCGGGGUACGCUCAGGAGGGUGAGCGACAAUGACACGUUCCUCCUGCUGCCCGACCAGAACACGCCGGGGUAUGACCAUAUCAUCGAGGACGUCGACGAGAUCGAGAGCAUCGUUGCCCCCCAUGGCCGCAAGCUGAUAGACUUGUACUUCCGGGUCGUGCACCCGGCCUUCCCCAUCAUCCAGAAGACCGUGUUCCUCGAGAAGUACGAACGAUCGCACCGCGAGUUCUCGCCCCCGCUGCUCGCCGCCAUCUAUAUCCUGGCCAUCAACUGGUGGGAGCACUCGGAGGAGUUGGCGAGUCUCCCGCGGCCCAACGUGCGAGAGCUCGAGCGGCUCGUGAGGACAACGCUGGCCGAUGCCAUGUACCGGCCGAAGCUGUCGACGAUUCAGGCCGGGCUAAUCCUGUCGCAGCGCCCCGAAGGCGACCAGUGGGCGCCGACUGCGCAGCUGGUUGCCAUCGGGCAGGAGCUCGGCCUGCACCUGGAUUGCUCCCACUGGAAGAUUCCGCCCUGGGAACGUGGGCUCCGGAAACGGUUGGCCUGGGCGUUGUAUAUGCAGGAUAAAUGGGGUGCCCUGGUCCACGGUCGUCCCUCGCAUAUAUUUGCUUCCAACUGGGCCGUGCAGCCCCUGACUGCUAACGAUUUCCCGGAUGUCGAGUGGGACGAGAACGACGUCGAGGAGAGGAUAGAAAUCGAGCGCGGGCGUGUGUUGUUCGGCCACAUGGUGCAACUGUCGCAGAUUCUCGGCGAGAUCCUCGAGACCUUCUAUACGUUGCAGGCUGCGCAAGCUGCCGCCAACGCUGGCGCGCAGGCGACGCAACUAAUCCUGUCUCUCGCCAAGCCAAUCCAGCUCAGGCUCAAAGACUGGUACAGCGGGCUGCCGGCCGUGAUCCGCAUGGACUCGGGGUUCCAGAGUAACCCCAACCCCUCCAAGCGUUUCUCCAGUAUCGGCUACCUCCAUCUCGCCUAUUUCGCCACCGAAAUCACACUGCACCGGCGCAUCAUCCGCUCGAUCGACGCAUCCGCCGCCGCCGCCGCCGCCGCCGCCGCAGCGGGCAGCACGUCCAACGCCGCCGCCUCCUCCGCCUCCUCUCCGUCCGCUUCGGCCCCAACGGUCGGCGGAGUCGACCCCUACAUCCAACACAUCUGCCGCAGCGCCGCCAAAGCGCGCCUCAUCUCGGCCAUGGACUUUGUCAACCGCCUCACGCCGUCGCACCUGCGCGCGUUCUGGUACUUCGCGUCCAAGACCAACUUCGCCCUCAUCGGCACGUUCGGCUCGCUGCUGUGGGCCACGUCGCCCGGCCGGGAGGAGGCCGACUGGUACCGCCGCCGGCUGGGCGAGUACCGCUGGACGCUGUCGGUCAGCUCCAAGCCGGGCGAGGGCAAGGGGCUGACCGAAUUCGCCAUGGGCAUGCUGGAUAUCUCGACGGGCCUGCUGAAAAAACUGCCGGAGAAGCCGCUGCUGAGCAGGAGCGGUAGCGCGGUGGACAUAGAUGCCGCUAGGAGACAGAGUUUGCUCGCGUUGGGAGGCACCGGCUCGGCGGGGAGUAGCAGCGCCGGCGGUGGGUUUUCCAUGGGCAUGGGCAUGGGCAUGGGCGGGUAUGGUGGCGGCGGUGCAAGGGGAGCGGGCGGCGGGAGGAGCGGCAGCAUGAGCGGGCUGGAGAGCUACAGCGGGGUGCACAGCGCCGAGGCGAGCGGGGUGCAGAGUCCGCGGAGCCCGGAGAGCGAGAGCUCGGAGGAGGGCGGGUAUGGCAAUUUCUCGGCGACAUCGGGCAUGGCCGGCGUGGGCGACUGAGUUGUCUCUCCACCCCCCUCACCACCACCCUCUCAGCGCCCUUGCCUCCCGAGCAGCCAUCUUCGAUGUGGCCGCUGGUCGAUUGGAGAUGGAUUCAAGAUGCGAUGGCCGGGUGCUUCUCGACUGGAUUGCCAAUGAUGGAACCGGACGACGGACAGGACCAAUUCAAAGACACGAACUGAGGGGCGCCCUGAACUCCAGGGCGAACGAAGGCUUAGGGAUCAACUCACAGGGGCGCUCCCUUUGCGCCCCGUUCCUUUUACCUGUCCGGCGACGAGAAAGUCAUGUUCGUGCGAUCGAAAAGAAAUACCUUCCGGGGGUAG